CAUCAACUUCAAAUCAACCAGCAGGGAACUCUGGAGGGGGAAUCUUGAUAAUGAGUGAAAAGAGGGUAAAGAAGAGGAUAAUAGUAGACGAUUGUGAGAAAGGAUUGAUCCCUAUAGAGACAAUGAAACUACAGUUCAGGGACACGUCAGAUAUCACAGCUCCUAUGGAAUACGCUCCCCCGACCAAAAAACUCAUGCAUCUGAAGGAAAAUAGGGAUUUGGAAAAGUUGUUUUCUAGUCCAGGAAGGUCUGGUUUAUCCCGGACUGCUUCUAAGUCAUUUUCUCGGAAUCUCAUAACAAAGGCAGUGGAGGAAGGAGUGGAGCCUGACCCCAAUAAUUUAGAUCAGGAAGUCUUCAAUUCCAACUUGGAGGAACAAGGUACUUUCCUGGUGGAGGUUAGAAUCAAAGAAGAAUGUUUAGAUGAUCAGCUAGAGUUCCCCAGUGUGACGGAUUCCCAGUCCUCUAGCUCCCCCAUACAGAACUCAACAGGUAUACAGAAUGAGCAGGGGACUAACAUACAGACCUGUACAGAACUACUGAAUGAACAUGGGGCUAACAUACAGACCUGUUCAGAUAAACAGGGGGAGCAGGGGACUAAUAUACAGACCAUGACAGAUCUACAUGGGACUAUGAUGAACCUACAGACUGAUCAAAUCCAGGCAGAAGCUGUAUUAUGUGAAUUGUCAACUAGUGUCCCACCUUAAUCCUUAGUCCACUACCAUCUCUAUCAACACCACUGUAGAUUAGACCCCAAGUUAACAAAAAAAUCCAGGUCUAACUUUGACCCUGAAAAAUUAAGGAUUGAAUGGAAAAAUGAGCGUGAGAAAAGCAGAGGGCUCGUCAAGAACUUGGGA